CUGGCCUUAUAGAACUGGUGUAAGCUGGUCUUCCAGCAUGGCCAGGCAAAGGUGCAUCUGGUUUUAGCUGGUCUCCCAUCAAAGCCCAGCCUGGUUAGCUAAACAAAGUGUCCAAAACCCCUCUUAAACCAGCUAACCAGUUUAGGCUGGUUUUAUUUAUCCGCCCAGCAGGGCUGUGAAUAGAAAAAACUGUUUUCAAGAUGUGCAUGGUUUUGAUUUCGUUUCCAUCAUCAUGUGUUUAACCCAUUGCUUGUCUGUCUAUGGUCUGAAUCAUAAUGAAAGUGAAGCGAAAGCACUUCACACACACAGACACUUCUGAUCUGAUUUCCCAGUCUCUCUGCGGCUUCACGGACAACCAAACCACAGAGGCCGUGUGAGGUGUGCCAGAAGUGAACGUGAAGCGUCCGGCUGGAGAUCUGCGUGCUCUCAUGGCGUCCAGCAGGACGAGUCUGCGAGAGGACCUGACGUGUGCCAUCUGCUUCGAGCUCUUCCGGGAGCCCGUGAUGCUGGGCUGCAUGCACCACUUCUGCAGGAAGUGCAUCGUGUCGUACUGGCAGAGCCUCAGGGGGCCGGCGUCCUGCCCGCAGUGCCGGCGAGAGUUCCCCAACAGGAGCUUUCAGACCAACUACCUCGUGGCCGGCGUGGUGGAGAAGGUCAGGGCCGGCUCCACGCCUGGAUCCAUCAAGCAUCUGGAGAAGCAGCUGAAGGAGCGUCUGGAAUCGCGGUGCUCCCUGAAGGAGGCCUACGUCUCCAUGAUCCGCUCGGACACGGACCAGAUGGAGAAGAUAAGAAGAGCGGGAGAGGAGCUGCGGGGGCGAGUGCACAGUGACUUCCAGGCCCUACAUCACUUCCUGCGGGUGGAGGAGGAGGCCAUGAUGGAGGAGCUCCAGCGGGACAUGGAGCAGAUGCUGAAGGGCCUGGAGGAGCAUCUGGAGGCCCUACAGGUGUCCAUCCGGGACCUGGAGCGGGACAUCCACACGCUACGCCACACCGCCAGCUGCGCAGACCAAUCUGUGCUCAUAGAGCUUCCAGAACUGAAUUCUGGACCACCUCUGCAAGAGCUGAACGUCAGCCUGAACACCUUCAGAAGCAAACGCAUCGCUCCUCUUCAAUACACGAUAUGGAGAAAAAUGUUUCAUCAUCUGAACCCAGGCCCAGCACCACUGAUAUUCGAUGAGGACACCGCUCAUCCCAGUCUACAGCUGUCCAGGGACAAAACCCAAGUGAUCGAGAGCGACACGAUGGUCAGUUACAGGUGUGACGCCAAGCGCUUCCUCCAGUGCGUCAACAUCCUGGCCACCGAGGGCUUCCAGUCGGGCAGCCAUUACUGGGAGGUGGACGUGAGCAACAGUCCCAAAUGGGACCUGGGAGUGUGCCUGGAGUCGGUGAACCGCCGGGCCCGGGUCAAGCUGUGUCCUGAGAGCGGCUACUGGACCCUGCGCUUGCGGAGCGGCACCCAGUUCUCGGCCGGCACGCAGCCCUGGACCCCGCUCGCCGUCGCCACGCGUCCCAGCAGGAUCGGGGUGUUCCUGGACUGUGAAGAGAGGGUGGUGUCGUUUUACGCCGCGGAGAGCAUGGCGCUGCUGUACUGCUUCUCCAGCGGGCCCCGAGGGAGGGCCUUCCCCUUCUUCAGCACGUGCCUCAGUGAACGCGGACACAAAGCCCAGGCCAUGCGCAUCCUGCACUUCCCUUUCCAGCGGGAGAUGCAGUGAGCCUCUGGUUUAUACUGGUUUUCCAUAUUUUCACGCUAAUCAGCACAUGAUGACGCUAAUCAAUCUUUACGAGGGGAGUUUAUUUUAUGCUCGACACGAGAGACCACAGACAAUUCUGAAUCGUGUGUGUGUGUGUGUGUAAGAUAUUGAUUCCAGAGAUCUGAUUUUACAUGACUUUACAUGUUGAUUAAUAAAAGAAACAUCAUCUGAACUUUUUUUCAGCUUUUUAUUUUUAUUUACUGUUUUAGAAUUUAAUUUUAUAGAAUCUUUAUUUUUUAUUUUAAUCAAAUGAGGCUAACGUCGCACAAAUGCAGAUGAAAUUCUUUAGCCUGUCUGGUAAGAAAGUGCUUUAUUAUUUUAUUUUAUUUUUUAUUUUAUUUUGAAGACAACAUUGUUUGCCCGUCUGGUAAGAGAUUGCUUUAUUUCAUCUUAUUUAAUUAAAUUUAAUUUAAUUUUACUUUAUUUUGAAGACAAAAUUCUUUAGCCUGUCUGUUAAGAAAGUGCUUUAUUUUACUUUACUUUAUUUAUUUAUUUUUACUUUACUUUAUCUAUUACUUUAUGAAGACAAAAUUCCUAACCCUAUCUGGUAAGAGAUUGUUUUAUUUUAUUUAAUUUAUUUUAUUUUAUUCUGACAAAAAUCCUAACCCUGUCUGGUAAGAAAGUGCUUUUUUAUUUUAUUUUAUUUUAUUUCUUUAUUUUUUUAAUUUUUAUUUUAUUUUGUUCUGACAAAAUUCCUAUCCUGUCUGGUAAGAAAGUGCUUCAUUUUAUUUUUAUUUUAUUUUAUUCUGACAAAAUUCCUUAGCCUCUCUGGUAAGAAAGUGCUUUUUUAUUUCAUUUUUUUAUUUUAUUUUAUACAGAUUUCUUCAAAUUUCAAAUUUAUUCAAAUUUCUUUAGCCUAUCUUAGCCUGUAAAGAAGUGCCUUUUUUAUUUUAAUUCAUUUUAGGCAUUUAUUUGUGAAUUAGAAAUGCUGAAGAAAUGGUAAAUAAAUACUGUAUGAUGUAAAUCAGUCCAGCAUUUAAUAAAAUAAAUUUACAACAGCAUUGUGUGACAUCGAUACUGCACAAUAUUCUUUUCAUCGUUGCCUUUAUAGAUAUGCACAGAAAGUAAUUAUAGAGAUUGCAUGGAAACAAAUAAAAAUCCUUUGCUCUU